AUGACCCUUCCAGUGACCCUGCCGGCUUCGUGGUACACCUCGGACGAACUUCUUGGGAUUGCCAAGAAAAAGAUCUUCAAUAAAGGUUGGCAUUUUAUUUCGCCCAUCACGAAAUUUACCCGGGACCAGGAGGAUGGUCAGAGAUUCUGCCAACUGGAUUUACUGGAAAAUCCUUUUUUUAUUGAAAACAGUAUCGAAGAUGUUUACCAGGUCAAUUCGGUAGAGGCUUAUUAUGGAAAACAUAAGUGUUUGUUUACUGGGCAUGAAACCGAUUCUCAAGUUGAACACGUCUUGAGCACGUUGGCUAGGGCGAGCACCCAUGUCACUAAAUCGGGGUUACUGUUUGUUUGCCAUGAAUCAUCCCCACCUGAUUUUAAUGCAUUUUUUGGGAAUCAACUUGAUCAGUUUAUUGAGGGAAAGGAUUUCCGAUCCAUAGCCCAUCGCCGCAAAUUGUCAUAUGAAUGUGACUAUGGGUUCCUGACCUUUAUCGACGGGUACCAGGAGUGCUUGCACUGCGCUUAUACCCAUCCUGGUCUGGCAAAGGCUUAUUGUAUGGAUUUCUACAAGGUGGAAACUUACACAAACUUUUGUCGUCAUUUGGCUGAUAGUAACGAGAAGGCGGGUGAGGACGAUACUGAGGCUCCUGAUCCGGGACUGUUCAUAUACUUCUUUCCCACAUGUGCCCUGAACUUUUAUGCUGGGGGAAUGGGUGUGUUCAGAUGCUGUCCACUGACCGGCUCGAAAUGCCGGAUGGAGUUUGAUUAUUUCUUUGACGGAUCUGACGAGGAUUUUGAGAAGUACUACGAGUUCGCAAGACAGGUUGCCAUUGAGGAUAUCGAGCUGUGUGAGGCAUGCCAAAAAAACCUGGAGUCAGGAAUUUAUCAAGUUGGCACAUUGAAUCCUGAUAAGGAAAAGGGAGUUGUAUAUUAUCAAAAAUUAAUCAGGGAGAAGAUUAUGGUAUGA